AUGAAGAAAGCUCAAGAGCGCCAGGCGACGCAGGCCAACAAGAAACGUUGGCCAAUCAACUUCUCGGUGGGAGACAUGGUGUAUGUGACAAAUGAGGGAUGGGAUACUAGAUGGCCGGGCCGCAAGCUAGGUCACCAGCAAGAGGGACCCUUCCUAAUAGUGCGACAAGUAGGCCAUGCUUUCGAACUCAAGCUGCCAAAGGGCAUGAGAGUGCACCCAAUAUUUUCGCCCAAGAAGCUACGUUUAGCAGCGACGAAGGAGCCAAUAGAAGAUCAGAUCGCGGACGAAGGACCAGAGCUCCGCAUUAAUGGUCAGUCGGAAUGGGAAAUCGAGAGAGUUGGCCGAGAUCCGGAUCCAAAAUGGUACCCAGCCGGAUACCUCAAGAACGCGCCCCUAGCGUUAAAGGCUUUUUAUGACAGCAACCUAAAAGCAGCAGGACCACCAAUCCAGUUGAGUGAGUAG